AUGUCUGGGAGGUUUCUGGCAAUAUUUCCGCUCUGGCCGAGCGAAAGGAGUUUAAUCAUUUUUGGGGCAGCAUAUCUCAUCAGCGUGCAAAAAAAGCAGCGCGCACAAUUCCAAAUUGGAUUCUUUUUUCACUUUUUUGAAAUACCCUUCAGUCUCUACCUGACUAUUUCCCUUUAUCUCUCAUUUUUCUCAUUGAUGUAUCUCACGGAUUGCAUUCAUACCAUCACACAUCACGGCGGGCAUUGGGGGAACUGGCUUUUCUUUCCAUAG